UUGCCUAAAUCUUGCAAGUGACUUGUCAAUUUGGUGCGGUGUGCAAAGUACAAAAAAAACAUAAGUUGUUAUCAUCCCUACUAUUACUACCUAUUGCUACUGGAUUCCAUAAAAUCGAAGCUCCGACACAGUUUUCCUGCAGAGUCACGUUGAAUCAGCUGUAAUUAUCUAAGAUGGCAAAGGCAGUGUGCGUUCUGAACGGCGAGGUCAAGGGGACGCUGUGGUUCCAACAGGACGGAGAGAAAGGUCCGGUCGUCGUCUCCGGCGAGGUGUCCGGCUUGAAGCAGGGCCUCCACGGAUUCCACAUCCACGAGUUCGGUGACAACACCAACGGUUGCAUCUCGGCCGGGCCCCACUUCAAUCCGCAGGGCAAGGAUCACGGCGGUCCCACCUCCGACGUACGUCACGUCGGUGACCUGGGCAACGUAGAGGCCGGUAGCAACGGCGUCGCCAUGGUGUCCAUCUCCGACAAGGAGAUCUCGUUGUUCGGCAACAACAGCAUCCUGGGACGCACCCUCGUCGUCCACGCCGAUCCCGACGACAUGGGAGCGGGCGGACACGAACUCAGCAAGACCACAGGAAACGCCGGCGCUCGUCUCGCUUGCGGCGUCAUCGGCAUCGCCUCCAAGAAGUAAACAGUUGAAGAAGAAACAAAAAAAAAAAAACAAAAGCUGGAGAGUACCAUUCCAUAGCUGGCUUUGCUACCCUUCCAAAAACACAAAUUUCGUUUAAUUUGCAUACAGUUAUUAUUUUCCUUUUUUCUAUUAUAAUUUGCGGGUUCUUAUUAGGAUAAUACUGUUGCGUACACGCAGAUAGAUACGUUGUCAUUGUUUUAUUUUGUUUCGAAAAUAUAAAUAUAUACAUUAUAUUAGAACGA